AUCGAUUUUUGACAUUUACCUUUUUACGUAUAACCUCAAAAUAUGGAAACCCGAAAAAUAGACAUGAUGAAGUACAAUUUUAAUUCAAUAAUCUACAAAUAUUUAAUAAUUUCAUUGAUUUUAAUUUUUUGAAUAGAAAGAAUGACUUCGGUUACCCAACAAACACAGAAAGAAGUUAGUUUAUUAAGUCAGUUAAAAUAUGAACAUUUAAUUGCUGGAAUAUCAGGUGGCGUAACUUCCACACUUAUUUUACAUCCUUUAGAUGUUAUUAAAAUAAGAUUCGCUGUAAAUGACGGGAGAUUACAAAGUGUGCCCAAAUAUACAGGAAUAGUAAAUGCAUUUACAACAAUUUUUAAUAGAGAAGGUAUAAGAGGAUUGUAUCAAGGAGUUACACCAAAUGUUUGGGGAGCGGGAGCAUCUUGGGGACUAUAUUUCCUGUUCUACAAUUCUCUAAAAAAUUGGUUGCGAGAGGGUGAUACAAAUGUAAGCUUAAGAGCUAGUACUCAUCUUUUAAUAGCGUCACAAUCAGGAUUUAUGACACUAUUAUUAACAAACCCUUUAUGGGUUGUGAAAACUAGGUUAUGUUUACAAUAUUCAAACAAGAAACAAUACAGUAGUAUGAUCGAUUGUUUAUCUAAAAUAUUCCAAGCUGAAGGAAUUCGAGGAUACUACAAAGGACUAAUACCAGGUAUUUUUGGGGUAUCACAUGGCGCCGUACAAUUCAUGGUGUAUGAAGAGCUGAAGAAAGAAUAUUGUGCUUACCAUUCACAACCUAUCAACACCAAAUUGAGUACUAUUGAAUAUUUAAUGUUUGCGGCAACUUCUAAAUUAAUAGCAGUUGCUACAACUUAUCCAUACCAAGUAGUGAGAGCUAGGUUACAAAGACAAUAUUGUGAUUACACAGGACUAAUAGAUUGUAUCAAACGAACGUGGAUAUAUGAAGGUUGGAGGGGUUUUUAUAAAGGCUUAGGUACGAAUUUGUUAAGAGUUACACCAGCUACAAUGAUCACUUUCCUUACUUAUGAAAAUGUAUCACAUAUUCUUCUAAAAUAGAAUUAUUUGGAUUUUAACACAAAUUCAGAUUUUAUUAGAAUUUCAUUUUGUUGGAUUUUAAACAAGUCAAGUUCAUUUAAAUUGCCAUAAGCCAAUUUAUUAAAUAUUUUAUUCUUAAGUGAUACAAUUCCAAAGCCAAUUUAAACAAAAAACUGAAUUGUUACAGUAGUCAUACCAAAGUGGUAAUUAGUUGUAAAAAUAUUAUUUUUAAAGUGAAUUCCUCUGUUGUCUUAAAUGAUUUUUUAGAAAAGUUUGUUUUAUUAUAAUAUAUAUUAAUGUAAUUACUUGAUGACGUGCAGCAAUUGUAACUGUAUUUAAACCAAAUAUAAAUUCUGUUUAAAUAAAUAUUGUUUAUCAUAAA